AAUUCUUCGCUAAGCUUAUGGGUUUCUUGUUCUUUUCUUCUCUUCUUUGCUUUUUGUCAUUCAAAAUUCGUUUCCCUCGAGUGCCAGCACAGAAGGGCGGGUACUGUGAAAAAUAGCCCCGAUACAGUAGAGUACCGCCAGGCGCUUUCCAAAUUCCAGGGGUGAUUUCAGGCUCGUUGCACAGUCCACCACCUACAGUAGUCCUUCACGCGCCGUCAGGCCAAAGUUUCCUGGUUGGUUUACAUAUACAAGCGUGCUCCUAUUUCUCAGAGUAUCGAGCCUCCCUUCCGCCCACUUCAAGUUCACCGCCUUUACACCACCUGCUAUUCUUCACUACCCGACUUCCACUUUUACAGGAUCCCGUCUUCAUUUGCGAUUCCGUCUUCAUUUGAUGCCAGAUACAGGUGGAGUCGGUCUUGACGAUGAUUGAAACUCUCCAGCAGACAAGCCAGCAGCAAGAUCAUACUUCACCCACUUCCCAAUCCCUCGAUCCCUAUCAUCAAUCGCACGCGACAACCCCUCAGGGCCAAGAGAUGUGGACACCUCCGACACUGCCAUAUUUUGUCGAUCCUGCUCAGCUUCCAGCGCCACUUCCUACUACUCAGGACAUUCGAGCGUGUGGUACCAUAUUGAAUGAACGCACUGCCCAAAAGGUCAAGGCCGUAGGCGACCACUUCGUUGUCAAAUAUGGCCCAGGGACCGAAAUUCGGGAAGGCAACAACCUGAUAUUCAUACAGCAUCAGUUACCGUCCCUACCGGUCCCAAGGGUCUGGGCGAUGUACGAAGAAGACGGGGAGGUGUUCAUCAUCAUGGACUAUUGUCAAGGCACCACGCUACAAGAGACAUGGCCCACAUUGGACGCCGAUGAGAAAACUUCCAUAACGCAACAACUUUGGAGCAUAGUGGAUCAACUGCGGGCGCAGCCGCCACCCGAGCCGCCGUUCUAUGGUAGUUUCGAUCGUGGUCCGGUCCCCUAUUGUCUAUUCUAUACGCCCGAGCAGGAUCCUGCAAUUGGCGGCCCUUUUGUCAACGAGUAUGAUUUCAUCCAAGGUCUCGUACAAAACCUGAGGUCCAUCGACCGGCUCAAUAACAGAGACAGUUACAAAGCAGACUACUACGAGCAGAAUCUGCCAUGCUGCUUCCGCCUCGGACGGCCGACAUUGACUCAUGGCGACAUUCAGGAAAAGAAUAUCAUUGUUCGAAGAAUCGGUUCUCAUGGCGAUGACCCUGCUUUCAAGCUGAUGAUUAUAGAUUGGGAAACCGCGGGUUGGUAUCCUGCCUAUUGGGAGUACUUCGCUACAUUCACGUCCCUUCGCUGGCAUGAUGACUGGUCUUCAAGAAUCCACCAGUUCCUCCUUCCUUGGCCCGCCGAGACGGCCGCGCUGCUCAUGAUAUACCACGACCUGUUCUUCUAGUGAAGCCUUCACAGUUAUGCCAAACAUGCCGCUUUCUGCUUGACGUCCUGAGAGAUGCCGGUGUUGAACUCUUUAUAAAAGCAACCCGUUACGCCGCAGAGCUGGAAUUGCUUGAUUCUCUGUCCAUUCAGUGCAUUUGAUCAAUCUAGGUCGAGAAUCUCCAGGGCCGUAAAACGAUCCAUUUGACUUGAUCGGCUCGGUCUUCAUUGUUUGCCGAUUGAACGCCUUUUGACGCGGCGGCGCUGGCUGUGCCUGACAAACCCUAUCUACCUCCGCUGGAUAAUUGGACCUGGCCACACGACCUAGGAGCGUCUUGUCAAAGAAGGUAUCUGACCUCUCAGGUCUGUCCGUUGGCUUCUUGUCAUAUCGCAUUCCAGUCACCAGAUCCCCGAUGACUUGGUGGAUGUAGCCUGUUCCAUCAAGGCCGGUUUCAACAAAGAUCACCGUAUGGUACCUUGGUCCUGCCACGUCGGGAUCUGCCAAUGCAGGGCCGAAUCGGACUUUGAAGACGUUAAAGUACUCCGACAUGCGUGCAAUGAGGCUGACUGUUGAUACAAUACGCCUUUCGAAGAGCUUGAUAUGUAUGGUCACUCCGGUGGCAGGAGAAGGAAUGGACCAGGCGAUUGAUCAAGGUUGGAGUAUUGUGCCUUCUAACAAUCCAUCAAGUACGAAAGCAGAGGCGCUUCUGCAGACGAGAAUCGAGACCAAUGAGAGGACAGCUUGGGUCAGAUCAACUCGUGUUUCAUUUAACGCUUGAAGUCUGGGGUACUGGCAGUUCGAAAUGAUUACCAGGGAACCGAACGUCAUUUACUGUGUUCGGGGGCUUCUUUCGCAUAGCCCAGAGGCUGGCCGCUGGAUUUCAAGCUCAUGACAGGAAGUUGUCGGCAACUUAUCAAGUCAGCUAGACUGCAGUCGGUGGAAUUGAGUUGUGGACGACUUGAAAAACCAGCCUGUGCAACAUUAGGUUAAUGGUCUAUAUCCGCAGGGCAAAAUUCAUGUUGUACAACAUGACUGUUGUGGAACCUAACUGUUGUCGUGGUGAGGCGGACCAGGUCGGGCAAUGGUGGCUCUUGAGUCCUUAUCGGAACCCUGGCUGAGGCGCUGCUGCGCAAUGAUUGAUUGCUUUGCCUUCAGAACUCGACCAGCAUCGACUUGCGUGUGCUGUGACCCCUCCAACAAGUUGCACAUGUUAUUGGGAGAGCAUGACGAGCGUGAAUGCCUACGCUCUCGAACCACACCGUCGUGGCGGAUUGGGGGAUAUAUAGGCUAAAAGGGAGACGUCUCGACCUCCGUUGCCAGUCCUCCUUCAGUCUUGGUCAGGUUCAAAGAAACAGAUACCUCUCUUCCCACAAGCGCAGCAACGACAGUUACUGGUACAAUCAGCUCCGACAAAGCGAUCACUGGUCAAAAAUUUCAAAGCAAAAAGUGAGGGCCCUUGUAUUGACAUACCAGUGGGGGCAUGUCUAACCGUCUGUCUGCCAGCAUGGCCUCGGCUGAAGUUGAAGACCCGACGGCGCUCUGCAGCUUCGCAACAGGCACUCGAGUCGACGGAUCAAAGUACACAUACAAGCCAAGCGACUGUGGAUCAAGCACUUGCAAAUAUUCCUCCAGUUAUGUUGCGCCUCCGAGGCGAUAGAAAAAGAACCUGGAAGCCUUUUGGGUUAUGCAGUGCAAGAUGAGGUAUCGAAGGAUUUUUGAUCAUGAAGAAACUCUUCAAUCUUGGAAAACCCAUACCAGUCGUUACUGUAUUCCGCGGUGGUUGAUUCCUGCGUCCACCCGUCUGUACCGAGCUUCAAACCAAGCUCUUCGCCGACUUUGGCGCAUGAAUCGAAAUCUAUGAUGACGAAAUUGUCUCCAUGAGACAAGAUGUUGUGUGGAUUUAUAUCUCCGUGCACAAUCUCCAGCGAAUGAAGAUGUUGGAUACCAUCUCGAAUAUCCUGCAGACAUGCUCCUUUGUCGAAGGAAUCGGAUCGUCCAUCUUGCAUCAUUUGGAAGAGAGAGUCGCCGUAUUUCUCAAAGCAAAGGCCUGUGAUCAAAUCGUUUUCGACUUGACAUCCUAGAUAUUUUGCGAUGUUUGGAUGCUGAAAUUGCGCCAGAGUCUCGCAGAUUUGCACCUCGUGGAGUACGAGGGUUUUUAUCUCGGUCGAAACGAAGCUGUCUCCAUAGGCGAGUAAGGAUGGUCGUUUGACGUAUAUCUCUGCAGAAUCGGAGGCAGGAUUCGGGCAUCGUAAUGCAUUUUCCGGGCUUUUGGGCCAGAUGGUUUCUGUCGGAAUUGGAUGGAGCUCAAGGGCCGAUGGAUCAACUGAGGCUUGGAAGGAUGGAGUCUUGCGUUGAUCGACCCUUGCGUAGAAGAAUUCAAAACCAUCACGGAGGAUGACUUUGGUGUGGGAAAACUCGAAGUCAUCCGAGUUGUCCACUUCUUUCCAGACUUCGCUGCACUCCAGAAUUUCAAGGCCCUUUUUUGGUUCAGUAUCGAUCGAAGACUUGAAGGACGAGAUGUGGAGGACUAUACCAUGACGAGGAACGAGAAACUGUGAGAGUGGCUAUGAUGGACUUGCCGACACACGCGGAGAUAGCGUGGGAGAGUAGUUUGAAGUGGUCCCUGGGGGUGAGAAGACGCACUGCAGAGGUUAAUGUAUUCCCACACCGGUGAGUACUGAGCGCCACCCGAUUGUGGCUUGAUUGCUGUAUUGCAAACGUGCAGUGCGUCACUGUGACCGGGCUCAAUGGCGUUACACAAUGGUUAGUUUUGAUGGUGAUUUUUGGUCACGUAGACCGCUAUACCAUGGCGGUGAAGGCCAUUGCCCUGAAGAGACUCCAGUUUUUGGAAAACCUACCUAACCUAAGAUGCUUCGAUAUAUUGGAAUGAAGCAUUCA